UCCAUGCUUAUCCAGUUAUCCAUUCCUAUAUAAAGGAGGGAAAGAGAAGAAUAUUAGCAAAUUAACCUGCGCAAGCGAAGGUGCUUUCUUAGUUGUGCUGCUAACGACAAUCCAUGGAAAUGAUAAGCUCCAAAUUCUUCUUCUUCUUCUUUUCAACUCUCUGUCUUCUCUACGGAUUUUCCAACGCCACCGAUAUUCACUAUUGCGAUAAGAAAGCUGACUAUGAUGUUGAGGUCAAAGGGGUUGAAAUAUCUCCUGAUCCCAUCGCACGAGGCCAGCCUGCUACAUUCAGCAUUGCUGCAACUACAGGUAAAGCUUUAUCUGGAGGGAAGCUAGUGAUUGAUGUGUCAUAUUUCGGAUGGCACAUACACAGUGAGACCCAUGACCUUUGUGGAGAAACUACUUGCCCUGUUUCAGCUGGUGAUUUUGUGAUUGCUCAUUCCCAAGUUUUACCUGGAUUCACUCCACCUGGUUCAUACACUUUGAAGAUGAAGAUGUUCGAUGGAAACAAGCAUGAGUUAACCUGCAUUACAUUUGGUUUUGAUAUUGGGUUUGGUUCCUCUGUGGCUGAUAGCUAAUUGAAAUUGGUCAUCGAAAUCUAUGAUCAGAAACAGAUCUAUAUAAAUUACUUGUACAAACUGCAAAGUACCUUUAUGUUACCAGAUCCUUCUUCUAUAAUCCAGCAUGACCAGUGUCUGAAUUAAGAAUCAGAAAAAUGUCUUGUAUUUUCUGGGAUUGAAAACACAAACUAUGUGUUUCUUUAUUUAUUUUUCUAUAUUCUUACUACACUCAGAAGGUAGAUCAACAUUGUGCAAUGUUUAUACACAUAUUUUGACUGUGGUCUGAGGGUAUUAUCGUGAUGUAAUGAUAUAUUCCUCCUUGCAUAUAAAAUAGAGUGCCCACGUUAAUAUUUGGAA